GAGGCUUGGGCUCUGCGGCGGCAGGAGGACGGGGAAGGACGGAGCCGAGCCGCGGCGGUGCCGGCCUCGCUCACUCGGCGCGCUCCCCUCCCUCCCUCCCCUCCCUCCCCCGGCCCCGAGCCCAGGCCCGCAGGCUCGAUCCGCGUCGUGCUAGGGAGGAUGUCGGGCUCGCCGCUGCCCAGCGCCCUGGUCCUCUCGCUGCUGCUAGUGUCUGGCUCCCUGCUGCCGGAGCCAGGAGCAGCUCAGAACGCUGGGUUUGUCAAGUCGCCCAUGUCAGAAACUAAGCUCACGGGGGACGCCUUUGAGCUGUACUGUGACGUGGUCGGGAGCCCCACGCCAGAGAUCCAGUGGUGGUACGCAGAAGUCAACCGGGCAGAGUCUUUCAGACAGCUGUGGGACGGUGCCCGGAAGCGCCGUGUCACCGUAAACACCGCCUACGGGUCAAACGGCGUGAGUGUGCUGAGAGUAACCCGGCUCACCUUGGAGGACUCUGGGACUUACGAGUGCAGGGCCAGCAACGACCCCAAGAGGAAUGACUUGAGGCAAAAUCCCUCCAUAACAUGGAUUCGAGCCCAGGCCACCAUAAGCGUCCUUCAGAAGCCAAGGAUCAUCACCAGCGAAGAGGUUAUCAUUCGAGACAGCCCUGGUCUUCCCGUCACCCUGCAGUGUAACUUGACCUCCAGCUCUCACGCCCUUACGUACAGCUACUGGACAAAGAAUGGGGUGGAGCUGACUGCCACUCGCAAGAAUGCCAGCAACAUGGAAUACAGGAUCAGUAAACCAAGAGCUGAGGAUUCAGGUGAAUACCACUGUGUGUUUCACUUCAUCAGCGCGCCUAAGGCAAAUGCCACCAUUGAAGUAAAAGCUGCACCUGACAUCACUGGUCAUAAACGGAGCGAGAAUAAGAACGAAGGGCAAGACGCCAUGAUGUACUGCAAGUCGGUUGGCUACCCCCAUCCCGAGUGGCUGUGGCGCAAGAAGGAGAACGGGGUGCUCAUGGAUCUCGUCAAUACCUCUGGCCGCUUCUUCAUCAUCAACAAGGAAAAUUACACAGAGUUGAGCAUCACGAACCUCCAGAUCACCGAAGACCCUGGCGAGUACGAAUGUAACGCCACCAACUCCAUCGGCACCACCUCCGUCGUCACCAUCCUCAGGGUACGGAGCCACUUGGCCCCACUCUGGCCUUUCUUGGGAAUUGUGGCUGAAAUCAUCAUCCUUGUGGUGAUCAUUGUUGUGUAUGAGAAGAGGAAGAGGCCAGAUGAGGUUCCUGAUGAUGACGAACCAGCUGGACCCAUGAAAACCAACUCGACGAACAACCACAAAGAUAAAAAUCUGCGCCAGAGAAACACAAAUUAAGUACCUGCUUCUCAUGUAAUCUUUAGGUUCCUGAAGCUGGGGGCAACGUGACCUGCUAAAUCUCCCGCUUGGGCCACCCUGGUCCUCCCCCUUCAAGUGAGCAGCACCACGAUGACUGUCUAAAGCAUGCCUUACGUAGCCUCUCCUGUAAGGGGGACCUAGCCAGGUACAUGUUACACAGUGCUUCAGUGUAGGAGGUGUACGCUAUUUUGGGCUUGAUGUGCUGUGAAUGUUGCUUUUUUUUUUCUUCCUUUGUUCAAACACUGAGACAGAAGUGAAAAUUGACCUUCUGGGGUCAGACCGUGCAUGCGCCAUUUUUCACUUAAUGCAGCUGUUAAAUUGGCAGAGCUCUAAAGCGCACUGCUGCCAUCUAGUGGCCAUUUUUUGUAAAGGACAGCAAAACCUACAGAUAUAUACAGUAUAUAAAUAUAUAGAUCUAUAUAUUUAUAUUUUGGGGGGUGGGGUGGGAGAAAUCCAAAAUCAAGUAAAUGCUUGUUUCCUUUUUAAGCUGCUGAUACUCAUCCUUUAUUGUAUGUUCCCAUGAGGAAAUUGUGCAGUGGUGGCACAUACAGAGGAGAAUCCAAACUGCCUAUCAUGCUAAGGGCUUACCCUACGACUCCACCAAGGGGCUGGAGCAGUCCGGGGGACUAAGGAAGUAUGCCUAUGGUUGUUUUCUGAAGUGAUUUUUUUGUUUGUUUGUUUAAACAUGUAAAUUCUCAAAUCCUUUUUGCACUGAUGUGUUAGACCUUACUGUACAUUCAAUCAAAGCAAACUUUUAUAAUUUACCUUUUGUUUCCAAUGACCUGGAAAUGUGUUCGCAUGGUGAUACUCUAUGCAACUCUAUUUAGACUUUUCGGUUUGACACUGUAUUUUCACACUGACGUAAUGACUGAUGGUAGAUUUCAUGGCUGGACUGACUAGGCCCUCCUGCGGUACGUACCUUCUAGAUGCAUGUGUUUGUGUAACUGUUGAAGUGCAAUGAUGUACAAAAAAAAUGUGGAUUCACCAGUUUUUAAAAAUAAAACAUUGAUAAAAGGUGUUUGACAUAA